ACUUGGAUCUUAUACUUUUCCAGUGUAUAAAUAUUUCAAAUGAAAUAUUGAAAAACACAAUUGUUCAAGUCCGUUCUGUGGAUUACGCGUUAAGUUAAAAAUUAUAAUACCAAUAAAUUUAUUCACAACAUGGAAGUCAAAGCAGACAAACUAUAUAUGCAAUUGAAUGCAGCGGAGCUUGAAGCCAUUAUCAAAAAAGAUUCACCUAGCUCCAAUGAUCGCGAUGCGGGCUUCUGUUCUGCUAGUUCAGAAAGCGAAGGCGGUGACGAUUUACCGCUAGAGCAUCCGCCGCAAUGUGACAGGGCCCAAGAAACUCCUGUUGUGAUGGUCCGCAAUAAACGGAAGAGUAUGGAGCCCUCGAAGGUUGUAGAGCCGACAUCGACCAUGAGAAAUUGUUGUUCAUCGCUAGCCCAUGGCUCAACCGUAGCACCCUCGGGUCCACUGAAGAAACGAAUACGCUAUUCUUCUUCAGUUGAUUCAGCCGUAAUGCUGACGCCGCCAGCUCUUCAGUCACCAUCACACAUCAGCCACACACACGUGCCUCCGGCACAUGUAUGGGACUCUGCCUCCGUCCAGGUGCUGCCACGUGAAAUGUUACCUAAUCCUGCGCACAUUUUCAUGCGUCAUCCAGGUGUAACAACGCUACAUCGUGCAUUCGCAGCCUUCCCAACGCAGCCAGAACAAGAAGAACCGUUAGCGCUAAUAGCUAGGAAACCCCAAUCGGACGAAUCAAGUGAAAAACCGGCGCAUCAGACUUUUCAGGACGCCAACAAAGAGGCACCCCUUGCGUCCACCGAAUCCCUAGAGGAGCACACCAUCGAGGAGGUGGACUCAUUUAAAGAUCAUCACAAUAGUUCCCUCUCAAGGCCGCAGCAGCGGAACUAUAAAAAUAUGACUCGAGAGCGCAGAAUUGAGGCAAACGCCCGCGAACGCACCCGAGUUCAUACGAUCUCCGCUGCUUAUGAAACAUUACGCCGUGCCGUACCAGCAUAUGCGAGCUCCCAGAAGUUAUCGAAGCUAUCUGUAUUGCGUGUGGCCUGUUCCUACAUACUGACGCUAAGUCGGCUGGCUGACAAAGACUAUAGCUCAGACCAAUCAGAGCCGACUAUUGCUGAUUGUAUCGAGGCGAUAAAUUCCACUAUUCAAACGGAGGGAAAGGUAAAGCGGAAAAAGGAAGAAUAAAGUAGCAGAAUUAUAAAUUUUGGAAAGACUUUGAUGUGACGUGUUAAUAACUUGAGAGUUUCAUAAGUGUCGUCCUAAUAGUUCCUGUGCUGGUAAUUGUUUCCAUUGGGAUAUUGCACAAUUCAAGCAAAACUGAAGUCACAUUUAACCAAAUCAGCUUUAUAAAGUUUUUAAGCUUUUCGAUAAGUUGAAAUAAGCUAGAUUAGUAGAGGGAGGCGAGAAUUUAAUAUACGUAUGUUUAUAUACAUGCAUAUGUACAUGCAUAUUUGAUCUGUACAUAAAACGAGAUACAAAAGAUAUUUGUAGAAUAUAAAACCAGCAAUGUGAUCUUAUUUUAGACCCGCUUGAAAUACGAAAAUAUAUAUGAUAAUGAAGGCCAAAACAUGUUCCGUAGUACAAACAGUAAAAUAUUAAUUAAAAACUCUAAAAGACAAUAAAUGUAAUGUGGAGUAAAAUGAAAAGAAUUUCGGACAAUAAUUGCCA